AUGGUUCAUUUACACUACACAAAGAAUUACGAGGAAUUUAAUAUUCUUAUGAAAAACCUAGAUGAAAAUAAACAGCAAACGUUUAUCGUGUUCACUGGUACACCGAACGAGAGUGGAGAGAGUUGGUGUUCGGAUUGCGUUAAAGGUAAAUAUUGCAAUUAUCAAUACACAAAGAAUUAACAAGCACAAUUAACUCAGCAAUAGGCUGAGCAGAUAUUGUGAUUAAUUUUUUUUUUCAGCUGAUCCCAUCAUCAAAAAACAAAUUGAACUCAAUGAAGAACGUUUAAAAGAAUCAAAUUUGGUGUACGCUCAAGUCGGAAAACGAGAAGAGUAAGUAGAGAUAAACAGUUUCCUUUUAGUUUUAUGUAAAUAUUAAAUUUAUGAAUGUAUGGUCCAAAGUGUUGGUAGUAAACAAAAAUAAAACAAAUAAUGAAUGUAGCGGAGACAGGAAUGAUUAGGUGAAUAAGUGGAGUGACGAGAAAAGAUAGGUUGAGAAAUGAGUACAAAGCACUAAUAUAGGUUUGUCUUCAAUUGUGGACAAAAUGAGAGAAACUAAACAAGAUAGUUUGUAGAUGAUUAGGGCAGAUGAUUAGAUGCAAUUGAGAAUAUGAGGAUGGUCAGUGCAUGUGAGGUUGAUGUGGGAGAUCGUGUUAAGUAGAAGUUUUGGAUGAGGAUGGCCAACCUCAAAUAGUUUGGUUGAAGGUGAAGAAAAAAAAUAUUAAAUUCACAAUUUAUUGUAGGUUGUUAAUUGAAUUGAGAACUAUGUGAUAUAUUGUUUAUUUUUAAAAUUGUAAAAAAGCAAAAAAAAAAAAAUAAAAUGAAAAAUCCACGGUGACAAAUGACAAAUUAUUAUAAAAUUUUUAAAUAUAUUUGGUUAUACUGUAUAAAUACAUACAUGUUACCCGUUUUUACAUUUUAACCCCCAAAACAUAAUUUAUAAUUGUUAUUAUUUUUAUUGUACAUACAUAAAAUGAUACUAUAACUGGAAUUUGAAAAAGACAAAUACUAACACUUUAGAUAUCUUAGCGAAACUGAAACCAAUUAUUUCAAAACUGUUCAAAGCCGUACUAUAUUUUUAAGUGGUUAAAAUUUUCAUAUAACUAAAUGUUUUUAAUGAAAUAAAAUUGAAUAACAGUUUAGUGAAAUAAAAAUAAAGGAAAUUCAAAUUCUUAAAAAAGACAGAGGCGGUUAAAACAUUUGUUGAAUUGUUAAUACUAAUCAAUAAAAACCUUGCUAAUAACAUAAUUAGAUGGGAGUGUAUGAAAAAUAUAUGAACAAAUGUAAAGAUAGUAAAUUAGACAAUUUAAUUUGGUUUUUUUUUUUUAGUUGAUUUUUUCCUAUAGGUAUUCCCUUUUAAUAUAUUUUUCCCUAAACUCAACUGUUAAUGAUAAAACAUUAAAAUAACAAAAUAGGUAGAAAUAUUAAACAUUGACUAAUAAAUGUUAUGUGUUUUUACUUACAGGUGGAAGAAUAACAAUGAAAAUCCGUUUAGACUGGACAAAAAAAUACGACUACAAUUUUUACCUACGCUGCUUAGAUGGGGAACAUUACACAAACUUCAAGUAGAAGAAUGUUUGAAACCCGAUUUACUUAAUAUGCUCUUAGAAGAUACAGAUCAAUGA